AUGCCGGGCUUCGACUUCACAAACUACAACCGCAAUGCGGCGCUUCACGCUAGGGGUGUUCCCCUUCCCAAGGCCACAAGUACCGGUACAACAAUUGUGGGCUGUAUCUACGAUAAGGGUGUUGUGAACUGCGAGAAGCUUCACUACAUCUCACCGAAGAUCUGGUGUGCUGGAGCCGGUACCGCCGCCGAUACCGAAUUCACCACAGCACUCAUCAGCUCCAACGUCGAACUUCACUCGCUAUCAACGGGUCGCGACCCCCGUGUGAUCACCUGUAUGACAAUGCUCAAGCAGCACCUCUUCCGGUACCAGGGCCACAUCGGAGCGUACCUUGUUGUUGCAGGCGUGGACCCGACCGGCACGGGACUGUACACUGUGCACGCACACGGAUCGACGGACAAGCUGCCGUAUGUGACGAUGGGAUCCGGAUCUCUGGCUGCGAUGUCUGUGUUUGAGUCGACCUGGCAACCAAACCUGGACCGACAGGGCGCCAUCGAUAUCUGCGCGGAGGCAAUCAAGGCUGGUAUCUUUAACGAUCUGGGCUCUGGUAGCAAUGUCGACGUGUGUGUGAUCGAGAAGGACCAGCCCACCCAGUUGCUCCGCAACUACAUGAAGCCCAACGAGCGUCCGCAGAAGGAGCGCAACUACCGCUUCCCCCGUGGUACUACUGCUUAUUUGGACCAGAGGGUUAUCAGCAAGGAAGAUAUGAAGAAAUAUGUCACGAUCGAAACUCUGUCGGGUAAUGAUAACCUUGCUACUGGAGACAGCAUGGAAGUUGAUACUUAG